UUCUUACGUUGCCUGUAACUUUUGCAGCCGGCUGAAGAGUGAAGACCCGAUCCACCUUCGAGCAUUCAAGUUUGUUAGCUCACAGAGUAGAGGGGACGCGGCACUGCUUCCUGAAUGCAUGACAAAUGGCCAAACUGUUUCCCCCGUCAGACUCCACUCGACUCCACACUACGCUAAGACUGCUGCCCCUUUUCCUUCUGAUCCACUCAACAAGUGCUCAUCCAUCACUAUUCACUGCAGUGGUCCAGGUGUGGCCGCAGAAGAUCCAGUCCUGGAUCGCCAAGAUUUGCGGGAAUCCAGGACAAAAUUUGGACGGUUUUCUAAUUUGUUGGCUAGUGAUGGGACUGCGUCGUCCUCUCCUCAUCAGCCCCCACAGGCAACACUCAAUCCACUGGAGAAAAGAUUGGAUCCUUAUGCCAAAUCCAUCUCCACAAGCACCCACAGUCCUGCCCACCCACUUUCGGCCUCUGCGACUGCAAGUGGAUUCAAUGCGUAUCUAUUCAUCUCAUCUCUCUCGUCAACAUCCUCUUCGAAUCUGAGAUGUAAACGAUUUGAUGCUCCUCUAUGUGUUCGAAGCACUUAUUGAUCGCGGUGGAUAUCCGGAAUGAGAUUUUGCU